AACGAGAGGCGCCACAGACCGUUGGGCGGGAUCUGACUGACGUUAGCUGAGAGUUAGCAACGCUAACUAGUUAUUAGUUCAAGUGCGAUGGCGAGCAGCUCAGACCAGACUCUUCUGCAGCCCUCCAACCGGCGAGGAAAAGCCCCAACGCUCCAUGCUGCGACACCUGACCACUAAAAUAAAACUGGUCUGAAUAAAAGCCACAGGUCCGAUUCCGGUGGCGGAGUACAUGAGAGAGGUGCUCACCAACCCAGUGACAGGUUAUUACUACGUGAGGAUCAACAUGCUGGGACCGGACGGAGAUCUCACCACGUCAUCAGAAAUCAGUCAGAUCUUCGGAGAACUGCUCGGCGUGUGGGUCGUCAGCGAGUGGACGGAGCCGGUCGACCCAAACAGCUGGUCCAGCUCGGACCUGGGAAAGGAUCGCUGGCCAGCAACGUCCUCAGGGUACGGACUUUAUCUAGUACAGCAGCAGGAUCUGAGAAGUGUUCGGUCAGUUGCGGUCCGUGCUGGGCGGGGCCUCCGUGUCCCUCCACCUGGUGCAGGUGAGUCCGGCGCUGAGUCGUCUCCAGGCCCAGAAUCUGACCGGGAGCCAGGAGGCUCACGUCGAGGAUGAGAAACUGCCACUGGGCUGCCGGUGUCCUGGUCCCGCCGGCUGGAGGACGUUCUCUCAGGAUUCAGCAUCUUUGUCGCUCACGAGUUCUUUGAUGCUCUGCCGAUCCACAUAUUUCAUGUGUG